GUAAUUUUGAAUCGAAAUGAGUGACUCUAUUGCAAGUCUUGAAAUACUUUUUGAGGAACAUCGCGAGAGUUUAGAGAAUUUUCAGGAAUGGAUUACAACUCAGGCACACAUACCUAAGAAUAUACCUAAAGCUACUCUAUUUCGCUAUUUUAAAGUUUGCAAUUUUGACCUUGAGGAAUCGAAGAAGCUUCUCGACAUCAAUGUAAAGUUCAGGAUCAAGCACCAAUACCUCUUUGCUGAUCGAGAAAUCGACUCUGAAGAGUUUUAUAAAGUUGCUAACACAGUACAAUUCAUUGGACUUCCAAAGAAAACGAAAGAAGGAUGUACAAUAAAAGUUUAUCGAGUAGCAAAUACCAGCUUAAAUUAUUUCAUUCUUAAAGAUUUAUUCAAAACAGUUUUCAUGGUACACGACUUGACAGCUCUUAAUGAGCCAAACACUAAUGGACUUAUUGCUAUCUUUGAUGCUAAAGAUUUCUCCUUUUGGCAUUUUAUGAAAAUGGUAUCGCAUGCAGCAACACUUAUUCAUUUCUUGCAGUAUGUUCAAGAAGCUGACUGCAUAGAUAUUAGACAAAUUCAUUUUGUAAAUUGCUCAUCGGUUGUCAGUAAAGUUCAUGCAUUUAUAAAGCCUUUUCUAACAAGAGAAUUGUCAACUAUAAUGUUUUUCCAUUCUUCAAGUUAUGAUACUUUACAUGAGUUUGUAAGCAAAGAAUAUCUCCCAAUAGAUUUCGGAGGAUGUGAGGGAACUUUAGAUGAAUAUAUGGAAAAUACAUUUACAAAUAUGCGUAAACAUCGCGACUAUAUUACAAAAAAUGAGAAUUUUUUUCUACUUAAUCACUAGAAGUUUAAUUUUUACAGUCAAUAUUAAGAGGUUUACGGCUACUACACAGGGAUUAUUGGAAUCUUUCCUAAUUAGCAAAUAUAACAUAGUCGGUGUUUAAUUAUGAAUAAUUUAUUGGCAAAGUCGGUGUUGUUUUGUUGAUAAUAACUUAAGCAUAACAGUUGGUUCUACUGGCUAUUGGCUUCCUUGUUGACAAAACAUCAAUCUGUGCUGAUCAAGGCGGUAACACUAGAAAGAAUAUUUAAUGAUUUUUGUAUCUGACUUCAAACAAUAUUAGAAUACAUUGAGCUGAGUAUUAUUUGGAUUUUUGGAAUUUUUAUGGAUUGAUCUCAAGAAAUAUUGACUUGGUGCUGAUCAAAAUCGAAGUCGAUGCCACCCCUGGAUGAAUAUUACUUUAAAUUCAUGAGCAUUGUGUGAUUGUUUAAUACAUCGAGACAACAAUGUGCUGAUCUGAUAGGAAUCGAACCCAAGCUUAUACAAAGCAGAUUUUGAAGAUAUCCGAUCAUUUAAUAAAUUACUUUGCUCUGACAUCACAAUAAUCGCAACUGGAACCGCUAAUACUGUUACACAUGUGAAACUAAUUAAUAAUUA